AUGGUACGUUUGGUGUACGUUGUCUUGUUCAGAAAUCUAGAUGGGAUCAUUCUGGAGGAAGAAGAUAGAGGACAUAAAAGCAGAAGUGCGAAAGGGCCAGCAGUAGAGGAAAUUCUUAAAAUGCAUGAUAAGGCAACGCAUAGAUGGAAUACAUUCUUCAUCAUUGUCUGUGCAUUUGCGGUCUUCAUUGAUCCUUUGUUCUGUUAUAUCCAUGUCAUUUGGGAGCACCGUAUGUGCUUCCAUUACGACUGGACAUUGGUCUGGACAUAUAUUGGUUUACGAACAGCUGUUGAUGUCUUCUAUAUAAUUGACAUUAUCAUUUUCUUCUGUGGUAUUUGUAAGAAACGUCAAGGUAAAAAAUUUGGGGCAUGCUGGAAGGCUAGAAAUGAUCAGCAGACAGUACUUGCUUUGAAAGAAGUAAUAAAAAAACGGUACUUGCUUCCGUUAUCCAUCCUACCUCGCAUUUUGGUUUCUCUUCCCAUUCCAGAGGGACUCGUAGGACUCGCUUUGAUGAGUGUAUACUUUGAUCCAAUUUAUGUUAUUAUUAUUAUCACCCCUUUUCAAUAUACACUACGCAUCUUUCUCAUCUAUGGAUCCCAAAGGUGGCUUCCUAUAAAAAAGACUGCAACUGGAAGAUGGCUUAAGCCUUUGUUGGAUUUUCUUCCUUUCAUCCUUGCUUCUCAUGAGUCAAGAGCAAGGUCAUAUCACCUUAAAUUGAACGAAAAGAAGCAUUUGAUGAAACCGGAUAUAGAUUUGUGGUUAUCUAAGAAUGAUCUCUCUGAGUUGAAGACAAUGACCAAGGACUCCAAGGAUCUGAAGACAAUGACCAAAAAGAAAAAGACUCUAAAGACGGUGAUCAUUGAAAACAUAGACAAACUUGAAGAAAACAAAGACAUUAAUGUGCGGAAUAUCAUUUCUAUUCUUCCCAUAAAAUUCAAAAGAAGCCUCAUCCGCCUUCUCUGCUUGGCUUCACUAAAGAAAGUGUCAAUGCUUGCAAAUUUGAAUGAAGAAAUGUUGAAAGAAAUAUGUGAGCAUCUGAAGCCAGUCAUUUACACUGAAGACAACUACAUUGUUGAAAAAGGGAAACCACUUGGUAUGAUGCUCUUCAUCACGCAAGGACUCGGAUGGAGCUACACAACCAACAACGUCAAUGGUGGAGGAACAAACUGUGGUUCCUCAACCAAUAAGUGGUUAAGGCGAGGCGAUUUUUAUGGAGAAGAGCUAUUGAACUGGGCAUUCAAAUGUCCCUCCUUUACCGACUUACCCAUCUCGACUAGAACUGUUGUGUCCCAAGAAAAAGUCGAAGCAUUUGCUCUAAGGGCUAGCGACUUGAAGAGUAUAGUCUGUAAAUUCUGGUGGCAUUUUAUCAGGGAGCUCGAACAAGCAAAUUUAGAACAGUGGGAAAAUUCAGCAGCUUCUUCCAUACAAGGAGCCUGGCGCAACCGUUUGGCAAGGGCUAGGCAUUCAAAUCGCUGGGACAAAUUUACUGUUGAAUAUUAG